AUGAACGGAGCAGUCUACAACAACCAACAGGUUCUUACGGCAAUGACCAAGGAGGAACUGAUCGCGGAAAACGCGAGACUCCUUUUCAAUUUGGAGCAAAUCGAGAAGGAGCUCAUUAAGGCAGGCAACUUUUCGAAAGAAUUGACGCACCAGGUGGCGUUCAUCGAACUGAAAGCCAAGCGGCUUCUGGAUGAGAAGGAGGAAGAGUUGGCGGCGACGAAUCAGCGCACACACCAGUUGGAGGAAGUCGUGAAGACGUUGCACGCGGACGUGGUGAAGCUUCAGACGCAGAGAAAUGGCAUCAGGAACUUCCUGGAGAACAACUUCCCCGAUUUGCUGUCCGUGGAUCAGAAGUGCAAAGAGCUGACGGCCGAAAUGGAGAAAAUGAGUUUGGCGCUGAAAGAGAAGGACGAGAGUGUCACCUCACUCACGGUCGACAACAGAGCACUGGAGGAAGUGAGUUAUUAGUGAUGCCCAGAUUAAUGUUUAUGAAUUGGUUUUUAGAAGAACAGAAGUCUCGACAGAAUGCUCGAGCGUCUCAAAGGGCGACGGAACUCUGCAGUCACGACUCCGGAGAAGACGACUGGAACGGAGCAGAAGAACGACACGGACACGGACGUUAUCGAAGAGGAUUCGGCGGAUUGUUCGGGAGAAGAAGGCAGCCAAACUGACGAGGAAUCCUAA